GGCUGGAGAGAAGCCAUGCUUUUUAUGGCAGGCCCUGCAGUCAACUGGUCCCUGAGGCCCCUGGGACUCCAUGGCGUCCCCCAAGCCUUGUGUGCUGUUCUCCUAACAGUGCUGGUCAUGAAGACCUUGGUUCUCGGUGAUACCAAGCUUGAGAACCUUUACCCUCAGUCCCUUCCACUAAACAAGUACCUGCAUUGCUACCGAUGUCUGCUGGAGACCGAAGAGCUGGGGUGCCUCCUGGGGUCUGACACCUGCCUGACACCUCUGGGCAGCAGCUGUGUCACCCUGCACAUCAAGAACAGCAGCGGUUUUAAUGUCAUGGUGAGCGACUGCCACAGCAAGGAGCAGAUGGUCCAUUGUUCAUAUACCCAAGCUUCCCCGGUGUUUGGCUUUUGGAUAUUCUAUCAGUGCUGCUUCCUGGAUUUCUGCAACAAUCCAAACAACAGGAAGAAAACAAUGCACUAGAACAGCAGGAACCUGCCACAUCCCGCCAGCCAACCUCC